AGUCGAUGACGUCAGCUCCAGGUCGGAGAGAGCCGGCAGAGCUCAGAGGUGAGAGAGGCGACCUACCGCACCGCAGUGUGAGUGAGGAGUGUUUCCUGGAGAUUUCCCCACCGUCCUCUUUCCGUCUGAGAAUCCUGCUCUGCACUGACGCUCCCGUGAACUCAUGCCUACGCACAGAGCGAGAGAGCGAGAUAGAGCAGAUAACCAAACCCAACCCGGUUCCGUCUCAGCGCCUCAGCGUUUGAGUGAGUGAGUGAGUGGAGACGUUCCUGCAAUCAGUGCUCAGGUAAAACGCUGCAGAGGAUCCGGAAGAACUCGCACGGCCAGUUGUGCUUUCUGCUGGUGUUUCCAGCGUGGAGCUGAAGGAGCUGAAGUUCCAGACAGCGUGAGAGUGACAGGACAGCUGCUCAGACAUGAUGGAGUUAAAGAAGAAGAAGGUCUUCAUCCUGCUGGAUGUCCUCUGCGUGCUUGUCGCUGCGAUGCCCUGCAUGAUCUUGACGUUCAUGUUCAAGCCUUACCAGCGUGGUGUGUACUGCGAUGACGAGAGUAUCCAAUACCCAUACAAAUCAGACACCAUCUCUCAUGGCAUGAUGGCUGCCGUCACCAUCCCCUGCUCCAUCAUCAUUAUUACAUCAGGAGAAGCUUACCUGGUCUACACCAAGCGUCUCUACUCAAACUCGGGCUUUAAUCAGUAUGCCGCUGCACUUUACAAAGUGUUGGGGACGUUUCUGUUCGGCGGCUGCGUGAGUCAAUCUCUGACGGACAUGGCCAAAUUCACUAUCGGACGGCCGCGGCCCAACUUCAUGGCAGUUUGUGCUCCGAUCAUGUGCAAGGGCUACAUGCUACAGAUAAACUGCACAGGAAACCCGCGCAACGUGACUGAAUCAAGGUUGUCCUUCUAUUCAGGCCACUCAUCCUUUGGGAUGUACUGCAUGCUGUUUUUGGCGUUAUAUGUACAGGCACGCAUGGCAUUCAAAUGGGCACGCCUCCUUCGACCCACAAUCCAGUUCUUCCUGGUCUCGUUUGCUAUUUAUGUGGGAUACACACGAGUGUCGGACUACAAACACCACUGGAGUGAUGUGCUUGUGGGUCUCCUGCAGGGGGCACUCAUUGCCAUCCUUAAUGUGCGAUAUGUCUCCGAUUUCUUCAAGGAGCGGCCUCCCCUCUGUGAAGACGCCGAGAUGGCCGAUAACGAGGAGAUGGAGAACAAGCCCAGCCUGCAGAUAGUGGAGCCAGACAGAAAUAACCAUUACAACUUUCCAGGGACCGUAUGAGUGACCAUUAACAUGUGAGCUUCAGGCCGACAUGUCCACUGAUUGCACCAAACCCCUGAAAACGUAACCACUGGACAGACUGCAGUGCUGCUCCAUAUGAUGACCCCCCACAUACUUGUACCAAAGGCAUCAGCGCAGCUUCUGUAGCCCCCAAACUGAGUGGCACUGACUACAGACUCUCCUCCGUAUGAGGAUUAAGACUCCUCUUUAUAUUCCUGUGACUGUGUGUUUGCGUGAGUGUUGACGUGAGUGAAAUCACAUGCAGUAUUUCUAUGUUCUUUGCUUUAGAGAGUCUGACAUAUUUAUAUUUUAUAUCAUAUUAAUAAUACAACUGCUCAAAAAGCCAGACGUCAACUUUGGUAAAGAAAAACUCACCAUUAAACCUUAAAACCAGCAGCUGAUAAUGGGCUCCAGUGACAACUGGAACUGGGUGGAUUAGUUUUUCACUUUGUAUAGAAUUAACUUAUCUAAGCUCCGCCCACAAAUGCAGUCAUUUGUUGUCGUUUUAUAGUUUAUAAAUUUAUAGAGCGCUACAGAGCUGGACUACGUUGCCACUAUUAAUCAAAUAAAGACAACGAUAGAUCGACAGAUUUACAUUAGCUUGAUUACACAAUCUGUCCAGCACAUACAAAACAAACAAAUAGCAUUUGAAAUGAAUAAUACAUUAAAUACACAGUCAUAUGUAAAGGUUUGGUCACUCCUGCUCAAGUUACUGCUGCAAAUGUUUUGUUGAUUUUUCUAAAAGUACAUUCCUCUACAGAGAACACACUUCUGCAUAGUUAAUGUUUAUAUGCUGAAUUUAACAUUUUGGGAAAAAAUAAAGCAUAAUUCAAUUCAAAUGUGGCCAGUGAAAAAGUUAUGGCACAUUUUGUUUUUAAUGUCUUUUUUCCAGUAUGUCAAACUCAGAAAAAGCCAUAUUUAAGAGUUUUCUCUGUACAGGAUGUUUUAACUUAUUUUCACUUAUUUUCUCUUGGAAAGCAAACAGAACAUGUCAUUUGAAUGGGGGCCCCAUUUGUUGGUGUACAAUUAUGUAUUUUGGCCAAAAAAAAAAAAAUCUGUUUUAGGAUGAAUGACAAUGUUCUGUAAAGCUUGUCCAACUUGCCAAAGACUGCAUUUGUGGGCGGAGCGUGGACAGGUCAAUUAUGUGCCUUGAGCACCAGCUUUUUGGAUGAAAGAGUGAAAGAGCUGUAAAAUAGUUAAAUGUACAGUUAUGAAGCCAAGAGCAGAUAGAAAUGAAAGUCAUAAAGAAAACACUGAAAACGAGUGAAAACAGAAAGGUAGUGUUUAAGUUUGUCCCACAUCCACUACACAGUGGAAAUUGUGCAAUCAGUUUUCUUUGUUUGACAGUUCUCUGUAGGGUUUUAAGACCUUUUAAAAGACAUUUAAUAUCAUACGCUUAAUCACUUUAAUGACCCACCAGUAAUUUGACAGUAAUCUUAGUGAAAUGUUAUGCCUUAGUUUAUAUCCCUCCCUAACACAUCUUUUGAAGGGCUUCAAAGGUGGACUGCAUCACGUAACUAAUUUUAUAUGUUAAUGUUUUUUUUCCUGAAUAAAUACCACUAGCUAACUACUGCGAAUGUGCAGGCCUAUUACAGUUUUCUUCUGCUUUAAUAUUUUAAAAUGUGAAAUUAGGUGGCAGUUAGAGCUGGAAGACUAAGGCAUAAUUACCCAUAGUUUACCCAUACUAAUUAUGGCUCUGUUCCCCAAUGAGGAGGAAUGGAAUCUGCCUUCCUUAAAGGACUGUUGGCAUUAUGCAAGCUAAGGAAGACGGUUACUGUCAUGUUGGCCUGGAGUGGCUGGGUUCUGUGUUCCUGGAAGAUCAUCUGUAGCAUGAGUAUGUUUUGGAAGUAGCAGUAGGUGAACAAUAUCUUGGGGACCCAUGUGAGUGUGCCUGGUUCAGAUUUUCAAAGUUAACAGGGAAUUCCGCCUGUUUUUCAAAAAUUCUGCAUAAUUCAGUCUUUGAGAUGUAAACUGGUUAAUUUAGAGUGGUUUGGUGUCCAGAGGUUCAUUGUAGAGAAACUUGCAGAUUUGGAUUUUUAGAGGUAAAGAGUGGUAAAUCAAUGUUUUCUUUGGGGAAUGUUUUAUAUCCUACCAGUACACUACUCCACCUGCUCUCCUUGGACAGUGACCAUAUUCAAGUAAAUAUAUUUUAGCCCAAAAUUUUAUCUCCGAGCGAUCAUAAAACAACAUCUGAGGCAUCAGGCAGUGUAUUUUUAACCAUUUCAUGUAAUAACCUUCUGUGAGGGAGCUUUAAGAGACAUUAAACUGUUCAGACGUCUGGUUCCCAUCACCACCACUGUGAACAAUUCUGACUGUAGAACAGAGCAUUUCACAUCAAACCACUCAAUGACUUUGUUUGUCAUUUGCUUAUGCAGUAAUUUAGAAAAAUCUGCAGAGGUCCCUUUUAAAACUGCAGAACAAAAUGUAGCUCUUGGCGAAACACUGCCUGACACUCAUGAAGGGACUUAAUUUGUUCACGAUGUAGCUUACAGUGAAUAUAUACAUAUAUAAUACAGUAAUAUAUGAAUUUAUUGCAGAAGGUGUUGGCAUUUUAUUUGUUGCCAUGCUCCUUGUGUAUUGAUCUGUUUACCAAUAUGAUGUUUCGAAUUACUAUUAGGGCUAUAAUCACAGCCUGAUGGCUUCACCACAAUAACCAAGCACACAAAAUCUGUUAUUUUCAACUAAACAGAUUCGAGCACUACAUCUGGCUAUUUGAGUAUUGUAUAAACAAAGGCUUAGUUUAUGUAGAGCUGCGCUGUGCAUCAAAAAUUCACUAUAUCACAAAGAAAUGUAAAAUUAAUGUAGAAAUCGGUGCAUCACAAAAUCCAGUGCAAAUCAGAUUGUUGUGUAUAGACGUACGACUCAUUUCACAUAGAAUACUCACAUUAAACACUAUAUAAUAUGUAAACUUCAUGUCCACACUCCAUCCACAGUAUACAGAAACAUGUAUGUUUGCAUUCAUGCGUGACUGCAUUUUCACAUUCACGGAUUCAAGCACAUUAACCUUGCUAACUAUGAGCCAUGCAUUUCACUGAUUCUGCUACAGUAGCAAGAUUUUUAAUGGACUCUAUAUUUACUCAGUAUGAGUGAUUUUUCUCAUUUUUUUUCUCCACCGAACAGAGGCUCACUCUGUUGGUGUGGCAUAGCUGCUGAAACCGAAAGGCCUUAAAAUAGAGUGGGGUCCAGCACGGAAGGGGCGGGGGGUGGUUCUGCGACGGGUAGCUCACCUUCAGCAUAACGUUUUUAAUUGUGUACAAACUGAAUGUGGAAAAAUAUGCAAUGUCAUACUAGUUUGCCUUGUUCACUUAUAUUGAAUACUAUUUGAUGCUUGAAUGUCAUGUUAUAACUCUGUUGCCUUCCAUUGUGUUAGCCCGUUGCUAACCUUAAUAACCUUGCUGUGUUCGCUCUGUAAAGCACAGAUUGUUGCAUUAACAUGUAUUCUCUGCCCUGAGCCCCUGAUAUUGCAGCAAGAAGUAGUUCCACAGAGAGUAAGGUGUAUUAUGGCUUAUUGUUAUAUUACUACAGUCUUAUAAUAAUAGGCUAAGCCAUAAGCCAACCUACUGCUGCUGUAGACCAUAUUGUUUUUUUUUUCCGCGUGUAUUAAAUCAUUCAGAAUUCCUGACAGUUUCAUGAUGGCUAGGUCUGAGUAGUUUUUAUCAGAUGUCUUUUGUUCUGUGCUUUACAGUUUGUGGAAGUAGCAGGAAUAAAAAAUGACAAAACAAAAAUGUUGAAAUCAUACAAAGAAACAAAGAGGCUAUAACAAUCCAGUUUACCAGCUGAGCGAUCUUUCUUCACAAACACAGUAAAGAAGUGCAACGUUUUUUCAAUCAUUUUAUCAAAACACUGACCAUGGCUGACCAUUUUGGGAACACAUCAGUCGGGAAUGUCAUCUUCCUCCAGAACUGCAAGAUCUUCACACAGAUUUCUUUUGUGUUUUUCAAAAAUGUGAGCGAGUCAUAUGAACAAGUGUUUUUUGGGGUUUUUUUGGAAGGGGUUUAAUCGUUCCAUGCCACUGAUUUUAUAGCUAGGCCUCCAAAGUCGUAUGCUUGAACCCAAGUGCCUACAGACCUACAGGCCCCUUCUGUUAUUGCAGCAGGUGAUUUGUAAUAUUGCCAUCACUGAUUGUACAGCUUAUGCAUAUUGCACACAAUAUUUUUUCUAUAUGUAUUUUAUAUAUGUUUUGUCUAUAACUACUGUAUGAUAAAUAAAAGCAAUUACUCAUUGUA